AUGUCGAUUUGGAUUCUUAAACCCCGACCGGGAUUUGAUUCGAGCUUCAAAUUAGAGUGUGGGGGAUAUCAAAUUUUCGAUGAAGAUGGAAAAAUAUGGGGAACUAAGGAGGAGGAAUACCGACCUGAGUUGAAACACGCUUUCUGGGGUAUCGUGGCCGACCAAGGUACCCAGAGUCAAGAUGAACCAGGUUACUUAAUUAAGGAUCCUAUUGGGUCUUCUGCCUGGAGCUUCGCUGGUAUUAAGGGAUCCCAGAUAAUCCUCCGUCCAGCACCCCCUAAUAAUCAGAAGACCCAUCCUUCACAGCUUUUCACCUUCAUUCCAGUGCUUUGA